UGCAUAGCCGGUCCGUUAUUCAUCUGUCCCACAUGAUUCCCCCCCCCCCCCAUGGAUCUGGCCAAGGGUCCCAGAAAAAACACAACAGGGGCGAAGCAGGAGUGCUGUUUGUCAGUCUCCUGGGCAACUGUCCGUCUUCUCCACAUCCCACUAAGUACCGGUGCCCCAUUUGCGUGGAUUGUGGUUUCCUGCCCUGCAAAGAAAGGGCUUUGGGACUCAGGAAGGGACUGGAGUCAGGCGGGACAAAUGCGCCAGCAGCCUUUAGAACGGGUACCUGGCAUCACUAAUGCCAGCCAUGCAGCUCACCACCGCCGGGCCCUGCUGCUGCCCCAGGGCCUGCUAUGGCUCCCCAUCGUCCGCAGCCUAAGUCUCAUACUUAAGGCUGCUCCUGAGUCCGAUGCAGCCGGCUGUUUUGGCAGUCCACUGCAGGGCCUCCCUUCUUCCUGUGGCUGCUGCUCCACUCUUUAGUGGACUCUUCCCAUACCGUUAGGCUUUUUCUAGGACACCUUUCUCAAGAUGGGGGUCUUGUAUUGCCCACACUGGCCCUGAACUCCUGGGUUCAUAUGAUUUUUGGCCCCCCUCCCUUGGCCUCCUGGAGAAGCCAGAACUACUAGCAGACAUCAGUUUCCUUCUGGCACUAAAUAAGAACUGGUUCCGAAUUUCUACCAGCUUCCCCAUCACAGAGGGGCCAGCCAGCACUGCAGCCCCAGCUGUAGCUCAGUGGCCCGUGCCAUGAGCCAUCCCACUUCUAAUCAAUCCCUCCCCAAACCGCCUGCCAGUGCAGUUUUCAGCCACAGAGGAGCCUCCAACCCCAUCUGUCGCGCUUCUCCAUUUUGCCACCGUCUCACCUGUUCAGGGCUUUUUAUUUCAUUUUCUGCCUUGCCCCCGCCCAAGGACGCUGUUCUCAGAAGCAGGCAGUUUGUCUUUUGUCUCUCUGUCCUGGGCCCAGGAUACUGAUGGGCAUGUAGCAGGCCCUCAGUGAGGAUUUGUUGGUUGGCUGAAUGAAUGAAUGAGUGUUGGAGCAAGCAAAUGAAUGAACACACCAGCCCCUGAGAGGGAGCCUUCAACCUUCCUGCCUGAAAACCAAACUCUGCCCUGCCCUUUGUAGCCUUCUCUCCGUGGAGCUCGAAGCUGGGCAUGCUGGGGACCAUGCAGAGGGCUGGGGCCGGGGCCCGCAGGGCCUCCGACUGUGGGCCUCUACCUUACCGGCCCAGGUGCAUUGCCAAGCUUGCCCAGUAUGUGGGAUCCUUUCCUGUGGAUGACUUGGAUACGCAGGAGGGUGUGUACCUUGUGCAGCAGCAGCUGUGGGCACUGCAGGACUGUUCCCGACGCCGCGCCGUCAUCCUGAAAUUCAGCCUUCAGGGUCUCAAGGUCUACAGUGGGGAGGGCGAGGUGCUCCUGAUGGCCCAUGCCCUGAAGCGCAUCCUCUAUGCCACCUGGUGCCCAGCCGCCUGUCAGUUUGCUUUUGUUUCCCGGAACCCACGCAGCCCAGCCAGCAAGCUUUUCUGCCACCUCUUUGUGGGGAGCCAGCCUGGAGAGGUCCAGAUCCUGUACCUGCUGCUCUGCCGCUCCUUCCAGCUUGCUUACCUCCUGCAACACCCGGAGGAGAGGGCGCAGCCUGAGCCCUCCCUGGGGCCAACGGGGGAUAUGUCCCCGAAGCCACUCUGCAGCCCUGGGGCAUCCCCUGCCCUAGUGCGAGAGCCCUUCAGCCGGGGUCAGCUAUCACAGAACGUCCACGCCCUGGUUUCCUUCCGUCGAGUUCCUGCAGAAGGGCUACUGGGCAGUGGUGGGGAGCUGCCAGAGCCUGAGGGCCGUGGUGGCAGCCGUCACACUCGCCUGGGGAACCCCUACUGCUCUCCCACACUGGUGCGCAAGAAGGCCAUUCGCAGCAAGGUGAUCCGCUCUGGGGCCUAUCGAGGUUGCACAUACGAGACUCAGCUGCAGCUAUCAGCACGGGAGGCCUUUCCUGCUGCCUGGGAGGCAUGGCCCCGCAGCCCUGGCGGUCCCUCCUGCCUGGUGGAGAAUGAGGGUAGCCUGACUGAGAACAUCUGGGCCUUCACUGGCCUCUCCAGGUCCUGUGCUCUUGCCCUGCUGCGGAGAGAUGUGCAUGGGGCCUUCCUGCUGUGGCCAGAACCGGGGACCAGUGAUCAGUGGAGCCUGUCUGUACGGACCCAGUGUGGUGUGGUGCCUCACCAGGUCUUCCGGAACCACCUGGGCCGGUACUGCCUAGAGCACCUGCCAGCAGAGUUCCCCAGCCUGGAGGCCCUGGUGGAGAGCCACGCCGGGAUGGAGCGCAGCCUGUUCUGCCCACUCAGCAUGGGCCGUCUGAACCCCACCUAUGAAGAGCAGGACUGUGGUCCUGAGGGCAGGCUCCCACGGACUCUGCGGCCCCUCAGCCACGCCAAGUCCGAGGCAGAACUGCAAGGCCUGGGCUAGGACACAAGGCCUCAAUCCCCUGUGGGCCUGGCCUUGCCUUGGCCCCUGGGCUAUGGCAGCCACUCUGCCCUUCUUGUACCCCACUCGCUGGUCAGCAGCUUCAAACAGGUCCAUCUGCCCCUUGAUCAGUCUUCCAUCACUUCACUGCCCAUGGGAGGGGAGCCCUGAGGUUGGAGCUGGAGAUAACAGGGCUUCUCGCAGGACCUGGGGCCAGCUGAGACGUCAGGAUGAGCAAGCAGGUAGACCUAAGGGUUGGUAACUCUUGGUAACUUUGGGCGGUAGCUAUUGCCAGGUUCCCACUGUCCUCCUCGUGCAGAGGCUUUCCCAGCUGCCCUGGCUGGAGGAAGCUAAGCCUCUGCUGGACAGGGAAGCCCAGAGAACUCCCAUAGGGAACCAGGUGCUCAAGGAGUUGGAGGUUUGCCAUCCUCAGCUCACUUCCCGGGGUCAGUGCAUGGAGUGGGGCCCACAGUGAGCAAACCACAGUCAGUUUGGUAACAGCUUUAGGAAGCCAGCAGAUGCUGGCCAUUGGGCGUGGCUGGCACUGGUCACCUCAUUGGUAAGUCAGCCCCACUUGCAAUGGAGAACUAGAAUGAACCCAAACCCCACAGGGGGGUGUGUGGCCUUAGCAGUGGGAGGUCCAGGGACACAUUCUAGAGGAAGGCAGUGGCAAAUCCAGGUGUCCCUACGUCAACUCAGAAGAAUAUAUGAAUCUACCCAAAGAACAGACUUCUUAGCCAGGAGGUGGUCACACACCCCUUUAAUCCCAGCAUUCGGGAGGCAGAGGCAAGUUUUGAGGUCAACCUGGUCUAUAGAUGAGUUCCAGGACAGGCAGAGCUACACAGAGAAACUGUCUUAAACAAUAAACAGACUUCUUUUGGAAGCAGAGGUAGAGGCACGGAUGGGAGAGGAUGUUUGUGUUCAGUGCCUUGGGGGCCACAGGUUUGGGGUUUUGGAUCCCAAGGGAAAGGGGCAGCCUCUACAGAACAGAGAGGGGCCUAACCUGGGAGCAGGAGGCGGGCCAGGCCUGGUACUUCCGACUUCUAGCACCCACUCCCCCCUCACACACAUCCUAGGAUAAUCUAAGGCCAUUGUCAUUUCUUUUGAGUGACAUGUCUCAUGUGGGAUGGAGAGAAUGGUGUCUGUGGGAACCUUUCAGAGGGAUAACACCCCGCCCCGAUUGGAUGUGGGUGGUAUUCCUUCUAUGGCCAUUUCCACUGGCAUCCCCCACUCUGAGUAGGGGCCUGGUCCCCAGGAGGAGCAGAGGGAUUAGUAUAUCCUGUGCCUAGGAUUUCAACCCCAGAAAGUUCCACCUAAGGAAAGCCGGUGACUAACUGGCCCAGACUUUAGAUCAGCACUCACCCCCAGGAGGGUGUGUACACAGUGUGAGUCACUGCUGUAGGCCAUACCAGGGGAUAUUCAACACAUCCAAGGGACAGGCCUUCUCCAUACCCCUUAACACUUCUUCCAGGGCUUUUACUGAUCCCAUGGUACAGACCGCACAGUUUGGAGCCCAUGUGUUCUAACUGUGUCUUAAUUACAGACCAUAGUUCUGUCUUUAUUCAA